UCUCAGUAAUACCUGCCUUUGAGAGACAGGCUCAGUGAACAGCAGUGACCUAAUUUUUGAUGUUACACAGUGAACUUUGUACUUCUGAACUGGCUGGUAUUCAAAUUUACAGCUUGGAACAAGUUUUAAAUUAAUUUAAAAUAUGUUAUAUUAUUGUAUAUUCUGAACUUAACAUGAUUUCAGACAAAUAGAAUCUCUUUUUGUUUGGAAUAAUCUUGCAUCAAGUGAGCAAAAACAGCACUGUUUACCAGAAAGAAGUGUGGUGACACUAAUUGGACUGAAUUUCAGUGGCAACAAAAGCCCUGGGUAGAAAAUUCCAGCCCUGGUUUUACAGGGCCUGCUUUGUUGCCGCAGUGUUUGUUCUCUACUGCUGUGUUAACAGUUAUCUUUUCGGUGGUGGCCUCUCCCCACCCUUCCACACAGUGCAUGAAAUGUUCUUCAGCACAAACCCGUCCAGAGCCACUGUGGCACAAUACAGGCAAUGCUCCGUUCUGCACAGGACACCAUACAGACACCAGGAGUGGCCCAACAGCUGCCUUGCAACCAUGUUCCCACACAGCUUUGACUACAAUCAGCCGAUGAGAAAGCGUUGAGAAGAAGGAGACAUGAUGGGACAGUUCCCAGAAGAUGUGGUGGGUGGCUCCACCACAGAGGAUCUGGAAUGCAAGAUCUGCUACUGUGCUUACAGCCUGUCAAAUCGACGGCCCAAGGUCCUUGAGUGCUGCCACUGUCUUUGUGCCAAGUGCCUUGCAAAAAUCCUUGAUUUAGGCGAAUCCUCUCCUAACGCAGUGGUCUGCCCGUUCUGCCGCUACAUCACAGACCUUCCCAGAGACGAUGUGGACAGUCUACCAGAUGAGUAUAACUUGGUGUCGGCAAUGCUGUCCAUCCAGACAAGGAGGCAUCAGAACCUUAAUGACAACCAAGGGGAGAUUCUCCUCAGUCCCAGACGCCUUAACUCCCUGGUGGGACACUCGGCCUCAGCUUCUCCCACCUCGAUUCGUUCCAAUUACAUGGUGAUCACCAUUAUGGAGCCUCGGCAGGAGUCUGUUAUUCCAGCUUUGGGUAGGGAUUACCGCUCUUCCAGUCAGGACUCCAUGGCCUCCGUUACCCAGAGAUGGACAGUGUGGAACUGUGCGGCCCUGCUGUGCCAGACUUCAGCACGCAUCCUGGUCUGGCUGCUGGGGCUGCUGUAUUUCAGCUCGCUGCCUCUAGGUGUCUAUCUGCUCAUCAUGAAGAAUACCACGAUGGGGGUGUUAAUGGUCAGUCUGGUACCUGUCAGUCUUCUCAUCGUCAUGGUGUACGGCCUUUGCCAAUUCCUGUGCCGUGAGUUUUGGGACUGUGUACCACCAUAAUGACCAAAGCAAUAAGUGUAUCUGUUUUGUGUGGAUUCAAUGAUUGGAUGUGCUAAUGGUCCUGCCAGUUUAUGGAAACUCAUACAUUUUCCAGUUUAUUGGAUAAACAAUGUACACUGAACUGAAAUACAAACAAUAAAAGUGCACAUAUAUAAUUUAGUAGGCUAUCAUACAAAUUCAAAUCAUGUUAGAAUUCUCUCUCUCUCUCUAUUUUAUAACUGUCUAUGAUUGUUGAAUGUGCCUUUUCCUGGAGUGGCUGAAAUGGGCAGUUCAAUAACGACAUCCACUCUAGGUUUGCUGAUGUACAUUUUCUCUGUCUGAAUAAUUAACAUACAAUAACUUCGUUAGUCACUGGAUGUUUGGGUAACAUUUUGCAAUAAGG